UUCAUAUUCAUUUUUCGUAUGGAAGGGUUUGCUGAGUUUAGUUUUUGCAAUGGAUAAUGAAAUUUCCUUUGAGGAGCUUGUGAAACGUGCCGACGAGAAAAUAAAACUUGGUCAUGAGUUAAUUGAAGAAUUGGAGGAAUAUGUCCAAAUUGGCGGUGUACAAAAAAUUCAGCGUAAAAUCAGUCAGGAAGUCAAGUUCUUGAAGAAGGUUAUUAAGAAUUCAACUCUCAAGCUAAAUCACGUGCAAUGCAGCAAUCUAACGCACUACGCUUUCCUGGUGCAGAUCGUGAAAUUGCAGCGAGAGGUAGUGCACGUCGAUUGUGGAUUUCCAAUUGAGGGACGUAAUAACCCGUUGCGCGUGGACAUUGUCUGUGAGAAUGGAUUGAAGUGGAUCAAAGCAAUUGCACGUAACUCUAAAUCAUUGACAGAUGCGGCCAAAGGCGCGGCCAGUUAUGGUGCGCGUAGCAUAUUAGACCAAGCGCAAGAGUUUGUAGAAGCCAGCGCGCAACAUUUGUGCAUGUUCAAGCCGCCAAAGGUGGUUUUCUAUUUCAGCCAAACCAUUGACAAUGCGCUGAUUGAAGAACUGCAAGAGAUAGGCAUCGAAAUAGCUUCGGUAGCCGAACCCUCGGACUGUGAUCAGAGUGCAGACAUUUUAAAUGUGAGCACUCUUAAUAUAGACAUCACUACGUUGUUAGCGUAUAUUAGCAAUGUUUGCAAUGGCAGCUGUAAUUGGAUAUUUCGUGAGUCCAUACUUACCGAACAGGCAGAAAAAGAACGCCAAGCGCCUUUAAAACCGAUUUUGGAUAGCCUAUUUGAGGGGAAACGUCUUAUUUGCUGUCAAACAGCAUACAAUUCAUUUGAGGAGAUCAUUUCGCUGCUGGCGGGUCCGCAGGAGCAUCGACGUGCUACAGAGUUGAUGGCACGUGUGGAAGUUCUACCAGAUGUGGCAACUGUGCCAGAUGAAUUAGCUGUGAUUAAGUUUAGCGGUAAAAUCAAUCAACGAAGCAUGAAGAUUUUCGCCUUCGGCACGCAAAUGAAAGCGGUUACAGUGACUUCGAAUAAGGCAUUUAUCCGUUCGGCUAAAAUGCAGGGUAUCAAUGUUCCAGUAUUCACACAUCAAGCCAGAGCGUUGACUGAAGCUAAAGAAGCGUCAGGCACACCCAUACAUUGAUCGGCAACUGUAGCGUGAAAUGAAGAACAACUGAUUUAUUACACAAAAGUUGAUCUUCAUAAUUAAAACUCUCAAUUCUUUGGGUUAAUAGCGAAAUGUAUUACUGUUAAUUGAAUGUUACAAGAAUUCGCAAAGUAAGCUUAAAUGUUAUAUAUAAACGGUUGGUAGCGUAUGGCAACGAAUUGUCGGUAACGAAGUGGUUUUAUACCAUCAAAUAUUGGUUCUCAGAGCAACGCACUGCCACUUGUUAAUUUUCCUCAUUCUCGUAGAAGCUCUGCAAUAGUGCAAAAUAGCUCAUGGAUGAGCUCAUUAACUACAAAUAGAAUAUAAAUAUAAUAUAUAGCUACUAUUCAUGCUUGUAGUAAUUUCGAAUACCCCUGAAAAGCUGUUUAAGGACAAUGUUGAGAACUUCAUGGCCGUUAUGCAGGUUUGUCGUUGACUGCGCAAAAUCAUAAACUGUAGCUUCCCGCGAAAGAUUGAAUCAGUUGAAUAGUAAACCGUUGGCAAUGAUUUCUUCGACUGUGGAUUAUUUCCGACAUUAUUUUCUACUCUGGUAUCGGUAAAUAUAAUAUCACUCUCCCAGUUGCAUGAAUACAAAUGGUUGGCCAUCUCAAGUGACUGAGGAGUUAAUUGUAAGAAUUAUUGUUUAUACAUACAAAUAUAGAUAAAAAUAAUAAAAAAAACUAAGAAUUUGUUAACAAAUAUUUAAAUGAGAA